AUGACAGUUGUACCCAGCUUUAUAUCGUUAAUCGAUCAUACCAACAAGCCCUUAAUUGUAUUUGUGACAAAAAAUGAUAUUAAAAUUAAUAGCAGCUUGAAGUUUAAUAUUCUUUCAAACAUGGCCCUUGACUACUUUGAGAGUAGUAUUUUUGAUUGGAUGAGCAUUAAUCAGAAUAGUCCCGAAAUCAAAUCGCUAUUUCAGAUGGAAGGAACAUCUGUUUACGGAAAGUUGAUCAAGCAGACAAGCUUAAAAAUAAUUAUAGGCUUUCCAGUGAAACAUACAAGUAUAGAAAAUGAAGUAACAGAAAUUUUCCACUCUGUAUCAAGAAUCUACGUUCAAUGCAAAUGCAAUCCGUUUGUUGAAACCGAGAGAGAUUUGAUUACUCAACUAGAUAAGAAAUUCAAUGAGAAGUUCAACUAA